CCGACGCCCACCCGCGCCCCGCAGGACGGCGCGCCGGGCACCGCACGCGUGAAGCGAGGCUGGGUGUGGAACCAGUUCUUCGUGGUGGAAGAGUACACGGGCACGGAGCCCCUCUACGUGGGCAAGAUCCACUCGGACUCCGACGAGGGUGACGGGGCCAUCAAGUACACCAUCUCCGGCGAGGGCGCCGGGACCAUCUUCCUGAUCGAUGAGCUGACGGGCGACAUCCACGCCAUGGAGCGCCUGGACCGGGAGCAGAAAACCUUCUACACGCUGCGGGCCCAGGCUCGAGACCGCGCCACCGACCGGCUGCUGGAGCCCGAGUCGGAGUUCAUCAUCAAGGUGCAGGACAUCAACGACAGCGAGCCGCGCUUCCUGCACGGCCCCUACAUCGGCAGCGUGGCGGAGCUCUCGCCCACAGGCACGUCAGUGAUGCAGGUGAUAGCCUCGGAUGCGGACGACCCCACCUACGGCAGCAGCGCCCGCCUGGUGUACAGCGUGCUGGACGGCGAGCACCACUUCACCGUGGACCCCAAGACCGGCGUGAUCCGCACCGCUGUGCCGGACCUGGACCGGGAGAGCCAGGAGCGCUACGAGGUGGUGAUCCAGGCCACAGACAUGGCGGGCCAGCUGGGCGGCCUCUCGGGCUCCACCACCGUCACCAUUGUGGUCACCGAUGUCAACGACAACCCGCCGCGAUUCCCCCAGAAGAUGUACCAGUUCAGCAUCCAGGAGUCUGCCCCCGUCGGCACGGCUGUGGGGCGCGUGAAGGCGGAGGACUCGGACGUGGGCGAGAAUACGGACAUGACCUACCAUCUCAAGGAGGAGAGCGGCAGUGGCGGGGAUGCGUUCAAGGUCACCACGGACAGCGACACGCAGGAAGCCGUCCUCCUAGUGCAGAAGCGCCUGGACUUCGAGUCGCAGCCCGUGCACACAGUGGUGCUGGAGGCCCUCAACAAGUUCGUGGACCCCCGCUUCGCGGACCUGGGCACCUUCCGCGACCAGGCGAUCGUGCGUGUGGCGGUGACGGACGUGGACGAGCCCCCCGAGUUCCGGCCGCCCUCCCGCCUCCUGGAGGUGCAGGAGGACGCGCAGGUGGGCUCCCUGGUCGGCGUGGUGACGGCGCGGGACCCCGACGCCGCCAACAGGCCCGUCCGGUAUGCCAUUGACCGAGACUCGGAUUUGGACCAGAUCUUCGACAUCGAUGAGGACACGGGAGCCAUCGUGACGGGCAAGGGGCUGGACCGGGAGACGGCCGGCUGGCACAACAUCACAGUGCUGGCCAUGGAGGCAGACAACCACGCUCAGCUGUCCCGAGCAUCCCUGCGGAUCCGGAUCCUGGACGUGAACGACAACCCCCCGGAGCUGGCCACGCCCUAUGAGGCCGCAGUGUGCGAGGAUGCCAAGCCAGGCCAGCUCAUCCAGACCAUCAGCGUGGUGGACAGAGACGAGCCGCAGGGUGGACACCGCUUCUAUUUCCGCCUGGUGCCCGAAGCACCCAGCAGCCCUCAUUUCUCUCUGCUGGACAUCCAGGACAACACGGCCGCGGUGCAUACACAGCAUGUGGGCUUCAACCGGCAGGAGCAGGACGUCUUCUUCCUGCCCAUCCUCGUGGUGGACAGCGGGCCGCCCACGCUGAGCAGUACGGGCACGCUCACCAUCCGCAUCUGCGGCUGUGACGGCUCUGGCACCAUCCAGUCCUGUAACACCACGGCCUUCGUCAUGGCAGCCUCCCUCAGCCCUGGAGCCCUCAUCGCUCUCUUGGUCUGUGUCCUCAUCCUGGUUGUGCUGGUGCUGCUGAUCCUCACCCUCCGGCGCCACCACAAGAGCCACCUGAGCGCCGAGGAGGACGAGGACAUGCGGGACAACGUCAUCAAGUACAACGACGAGGGCGGCGGCGAGCAGGACACGGAGGCCUACGACAUGUCGGCGCUGCGGAGCCUGUACGACUUCGGGGAGGCGCAGGGCGGCGCGCUGUGUGGUUCCUCUGGUGGCAAGGGCCUCUCAGAGGAAAGGGUGUCUCGGGCCAGGAAACACCUGGAACAAAGCACCAACAUCCAGCUCCUGCUGGUAGACGAGGUAGAGAAGGAUCCUGAGGCUGUGGAUAUGAGAACCGCUUUGAAGGCAUGUUGGCCAGUGUUGGCGGUUGACGGGAUGGAGCGGUGGUGGAAACGGAGGUCAAGGGCUUCGGGGUUGAGUGAUGUGGGCAGUGGAGCUCGUCAGGAGCUAGAGACCCCGGGAGAGGCUCGAGCCGGGGGUCAGGCGAGGCCAGUGUGA